AUGAUGGUCACAUUUUUUCAUCCAACUCAUGUUUUUUGUCUUUUUUUCGGGGCGGGUGUUGCUGGUAUCGCUGUUCAGCCGGAUGAUGACGGACCAAUAUGGCACGUGCUGAAAGCGGCCGACGCUUUGGACUAUUUGCCCAAUUUUCGAUACCAUCGAAUCACCUGUUCACAACUGAACCAGCUCACAGACGAUGAUUUACAACGGAUUGGUGUUCACUCUGUGGGAACCCGUUUGGCCAUUCUCAACCAAAUCUCGGAAUCUGUGACUGAACAGAUAAAAUUCACGGAAUCAUCCAAUCCUCUGGAACGUGCCACAGCACCUCCACCUGAACCUGAGCAUGUUACCCCAUUUGCCCCGCCUAAAAUCACCGCCCGCGUGGAAAACGAGUGUUGCGUGUGUCAAAAUUCCACAGUAAGUGCAGAUCACUGGUAA